UUUUUAUUGGUUGAGAGGCGGGACUAGCGCUGAAUGAGCACAGGAAGUGAWCAGCGUGAGACUGCACUUUGACGUUCGAGGGAGACGUUAACAGUUUUGAGUACCUUUUUAGCGUUAUUGACUUACUCAGAACAAAGAUGGUGGACUCUCAGUACUACCUCCCCAAUGACAUUGGGAUCUCAGCGCUUGACUGCCGCGAGGCCUUUCGUCUGCUGUCACCUCAGGAGAAGAUGUACGCCCACUACCUGUCACGGGCCGCUUGGUAUGGUGGUCUGGUGGUGCUGCUGCAGACCUCUCCAGAGUCUGCAAACAUCUUUGUCCUGCUGCAGAAGAUUUUUAGGAAGCAGACUCCGGAUCAGCUGGAGCAGGUGGCUAAAGCAGCUGGUGUCAGCUCUGAGGAUUACCAGGCCUUCUUGGUGUAUGCUGCUGGUGUAUAUGCAAACAUGGGCAACUACAAGUCUUUUGGAGACACCAAAUUCAUUCCAAAUCUACCAAAGGACAAGCUGGAGGCUCUGGUGAGGGCCAGCCAAGCGUUUCAGGAGAAUCCCACUGAGAUGGAGGCUCUGUGGGGCAGCAGCUCAUGCCUCAUUUACUCCCUGGAAGACAGACAGAAACAACUUGGGCUGGGCGAUAAGGGAAUUACCACUUAUUUCUCAGGAAAYUGCWGUCUGGAGGAUGCGGAGCURGCUCAAMGAUUUCUGGACUCAAGAAAACUCUCUGCUUACAACACACGUCUGUUCAAGAGGGAAAAUGGAGGAAAAUCCUGCUAUGAGGUUCGCUUGGCUUCAGCUGUUCAAAAAGACUGUGCAGUGGAUGGGGAGGCUGGGUCGUCCUGCGGCAGCUUCACCUUUGAGGACAAAGAGUUCAUGGUUAAGAGGGGAGACUACAGUCCUCUCAUGGAAAAAGUCUGCCAUUAUCUCCAAGAAGCCCAGGCGUAUGCUGCUAAUGACAACCAGAAGAAGAUGCUGGAAGAGUACCGGCGCAGUUUUGAAUUUGGUUCUAUUGAAGCCCACAAAGAAGGCUCCCGGUUUUGGAUCAAGGACAAAGGGCCGAUUGUUGAGAGCUAUAUAGGUUUCAUAGAGAGCUACAGAGACCCCUUUGGCUCCCGAGGAGAGUUUGAAGGAUUUGUGGCCGUUGUGAACAAGGCGAUGAGUGAGCGUUUUGCCAGGCUGGUGAGCUCAGCAGAAGUCCUGCUUCCUGAGCUGCCCUGGCCCCAGCAGUUUGAGAAGGACAACUUCCUUAAACCCGACUUCACUUCCCUGGAUGUUCUCACGUUUGCCGGCAGUGGAAUUCCAGCCGGGAUUAACAUCCCAAACUAUGAUGACAUCAGGCAAUCGGAAGGCUUUAAAAACGUGUCUCUUGGGAAUGUGCUGGCGGUGGCCUACGCCACACAGAAGGAAAAACUCACAUUCCUUGAAGAGAAGGACAAGGAUUUGUUCAUCAAAUGGAAGGGUCCGUCCUUUGAGGUGCAGGUUGGUCUCCAUGAGCUCCUGGGUCAUGGAAGUGGCAAGCUAUUUGUCCAGGAUGACCGUGGCAAGUUCAACUUCGACCAGAGUAACGUGGUUAAYCCAGAGACRGGGGAAAAGGUGUCCAGUUGGUAUCGGGGCAGCGAAACGUGGGACAGUAAAUUCUCCACGAUUGCGUCUUCCUAUGAAGAAUGCAGAGCUGAAUGUGUUGGCCUCUAUCUGUGCCUGAACAAGCAAGUGCUGAGUAUUUUUGGCCAUGAGGCUCAGGAGGCUGAGGAUGUGGUGUACAUCAACUGGCUGAGCAUGGUCAGAGCUGGGCUGUUGGGUCUGGAGUUCUACACGCAUGAGAGCAAGAGCUGGAGACAGUAUUUUCAGGUGUUUAAGUCAACCGCUGACGUGGAAGGAGGCAGAGCUCUCUACGAGGGUUACUCCACUGUCAGCGACACCGGCACUCACAACUUCCUGCGUCUGCGUGAGACCGUGCUGCUUCGCAAAGAAGCUCGCAAAAUGUUUGUUCAGGCCAACACCAGAAUCAGUGGCAAUAAGCUGGAGUUUGGUGACAGACACAUGAAUCAGACUGGAGGGGAGAACGUGGAGCUGGUGGAAUAUGAAAGCAGUGCUGCAGGUUUGAUUCGCUCCUUCACCGAACGCUUCCAAGACGACGCGGAGCAGCUGGAAGCCGUCCUUUUGGAUCUGAACAAAACUGACGCCCGUUACUGGUGUUGAUGAAUCAUUGGCUCCACAGGUUUAAAAAAUGACUAUGGAAGUCUGUUUUUAUGUCCUGAGAAGGUCUAAAUGAGGCGGUGAAAAGAAAAUUCUUAAAAUCAAUAAGCCAUAAGAUGUGCACAACAGCUGUAAGUUGCUGUUUUGUUCACAUCAUGUUGGAUUGUUGAAAUGUGCUUGUUCAAAUUCAGGCGAGUAUAAGUGAACUGAUUUGUAAAGCAACAGAUCUCUUUGUAAAAGCCACUCSGAACACAUUUUGUAAUAAGAAGUAUUAGAAACAGUGGAACCUGGAAAUGAAAUAGAUUCUURCAUAAAGUUUUUUUCUGUCAUGACAUUUGUCAUUCUGUACCUAAACUGAUUUUGACKGUUAAUUUGUGGCUAAAAAUAAAAUAAAUAUGUCUGACUUU